UUUAGUGUGUGUUGAUAUGUGUGUUUUACAAGAAUUAGGACACUAACCGCAAUUUAUCAUGCUUUCCAAAGUAAUAGUUUUGUGUCUUGGUUUAAUAUUAGCGGCAUUAUUUGGACAGAGAACAGAUCCGGAUAUUUUUCUACACGUGAAAUUAAAUUCUUCAUAUGAUUAUAUAAUUGUCGGAGCAGGUUCAGCCGGUUCAGUCAUUGCUAACAGAUUAUCAGAAGAUACAAAUGUAACAGUGUUAUUGGUAGAAGCGGGAGGUUCUGAAUUAGAACACGAUUACAUUCCUAUUCCCCUAGCAACACCCCUCCUUCAGCAAACAGAUAUUGAUUGGUCAUUCUAUACAGCUCCACAACAGACAGCACUCAAAGCGAUGAAAGAACAGAGGGGUUACUGGCCACGCGGUCGGGUAUUAGGUGGUUCGAGUAGCAUAAAUCAUAUGAUCUAUGUGAGAGGAAGUCGACAUGACUUUGAUCAAUGGGAAAAAGAGGGAGUCAUGGGAUGGAGCUAUGAAGAAGUUCUUCCUUACUUCCUAAAAAUUGAAGACAUGAAAAUUGAAGAUCUUGUCAAUUCAGCAUACCAUUCCACAGGAGGAUAUCUACCACUAACUAAAACCAAAGCAACAUCACUGCCAAAUAUUUACCAGCGUGCAGUAGCGGAACUAGGUUAUAAAACAGUGGAUGUUAACGGAGAAGAGAUGAUAGGAUAUUCGCAUAUACAGUCAAACGUUUUAAGAGGUCAACGAUGGGGCACAGCAACAGCAUACUUAAGACCAGUAAUUGGCCGAUCAAAUUUACAUAUCAGUACACAGUCGUUAGUAACAAAGAUAUUGAUAGAAAAUAAAAUUGCAAUCGGCAUCGAAAUGAUAAAGAACGGGCGUAAAAUGAUCUUCUCGGCCAACAAAGAAGUUGUUUUAUCAGCGGGUGCUGUAAACUCACCACAUCUACUAAUGCUGUCUGGUAUAGGACCAAAGGAACACUUGGAAAAACUCAAGAUAAAUGUUCAUGCAGACCUACCAGUUGGUGAGAAUUUAGAAGAUCAUAUGUUCUUUUUUAUGAAAUAUAAGACUGCUGAUGAACUAAGUGUUUCAAUCAAGUCCACAAAGAGUUGGUGGAAUAUUCUGAAAUAUUAUUUGACUGGUGAAGGAAUAUAUUCUUUCGCUGGUAACGAAGGACUUUUAUUCGACAAAAGUACCCAAGGUAACCAUUCCUUACUUUAUCCUGAUUAUCAACUACAAUUUUACAGUGGAACAUCUAAAGGAAACGACGUACCUGCUGAUACUGGCUUAACAUUUAAUUUUAAUGAGUCGGUAUUGGAAGUAGCAGCGCGUCGAUCAGAUGACAAUGAAAUACUCAUCUUUCCAAUGUUAUUGCACCCAAAGAGUAUUGGAAGUAUCAAACUUAAAAGUAGAGACCCAUUCGAUCAUCCAUUGAUUAAUCCGAAUUAUCUGUCACAACAAGAUGAUGUGAAUAUUCUUAUUGAAGCUGUGCGAAAAGUACAAAGUAUUGUCAAAACAAAACCCUUCCAAGAAAUAGGUGCAACUCUUAACAGACUUGACUAUGAAGGUGUGUGUGAUAAGGAAGAGUUUGAUAGUGAUGCAUACUGGGAAUGUCUGAUACGUCACUAUUCUGUAACAGCAUAUCAUCCGACAUGUACAUGUCGCAUCGGCAGCACAAAUGAUCAAACCUCAGUUGUUGAUACAAAACUUAGAGUGAAAGGUAUAAGAAGUUUACGUAUUGCCGACGCAUCAGUGAUGAGGCAUGUCACGUCUGGUAAUACAAAUGCACCAACAAUAAUGAUCGGUGAAAAGGCGUCUGAUCUUAUACGUGGCAAGGAUACAGUCAGCAAAUUUAGGAAGCAGAUUAAACAGCUUAGACUGUAGUAGUCAUACUUUAUCUUAUUAAUACUAUGAACAAUGUACCAACCAAAUGAUAUGCUUGUGAAUAAAAGAACAAUACUAUUAUUGACUGAAUAGUGUCAGUGCUUAACAGAUACUAAUUUAUAUAGUAAAUGAGGAAUAUGAGUUUCAGGAAUUGACCAUGUAUUUCUUACUAUUCAAUAAGGGUAACAAUAUGAAAAGAAAUAUAUCACACAUUUUGUACAUGACGCGACAUAACAAUAUAUAUUAUUUUGCGUCAAAUUUAUAUUCUUUAUGAUUAGAUAAAAUUAAAUUUGAAGAAUUUUCUAAUAAUUAAGAUUUUAAAUGCAAUUGAUACAUGCAAAUUAUAGUCAAUAAGGUGAUAUUUUUCAAUUAAAUCCUUAAGUUAGCUCAACAUUAUUAAGUUUUAUAACUAAUUUUUCGAUAAUACGAAUAUGCUUAUCAUGGUCAAACUAUAAGGUAUAUGACAUUCAUGCAUAAAUUAUUUACAUUUGACAUUGUUUAAAUGUUCUAGUCGAUAUUUAUUGACCAUUUAAAAGAAUACAUUACUUUUUUUAUAUUUUCUUAAUACACGUAGAGCACUCUCUGCACUAUAUAUACAAAGUUCAUUUAAUGUAGCGGUAUGGACUAUGACAUUUUUACAAAACUACUAGAACACACCCGCGAUAUAGCGGGUCCGUGACUGAAUUAAAGUACCUACGCCUUAUUUUUUGCCUGGAUUUUACGUAUUCGUAUUGUCAUGCUGAUUAUAAGGUUCACAGUUUUCUCUACUUUCAAAAUCUUUCUGUUUGAACCUGUCCAGUUUUUAUUACUUGAAUACAACCGGAAACUACAUAUAUUUGUUUUUUUUAUAUUUUGCAUUUUUUAUAUUUUAUGUGAGUGUGUGUUCGUUUGUUUUAUUGCGUUUUUUUUAAUUUUUGGGGUGAAGGUUAUCUUUCUGGUAGGAAGACCCGUUACGGCCAGGCUGGGAAACUUGGUAGUGAAAUGCUCAAAUUAGAUCUGUACCAAUACCGUGUGUUAAAUGCCAUCCUUUACAUAAUAACAAAUGGUGGUGCUCCUAUUAAAGGAGGAAGAUACAAAACAUACAUACAUGUGACAUAUAGUAUAUACUAUUGGUAUCGGUGUCGGAUUCGACCCGAAACUUGUUAAUUAUUGGUAAUAUUAAUUAUGUGGAAAACAAAAGGGCCUUGAAUGGUGUAAUUUUUAAUCAACACUAUUGUCCUAUACAAGUUAUAUAUAAAGUUUAAUUCUUUGAUUCGUCGUGUUUACGUCAUGCCGGCUAACAAACUGGACCUCGUUAUUUUAGUAGUAUAGAUGUAAAAGUCUUGCUCAGUCUUUCUAAUAUGAAUCGAGUACUAGUAUUUGGGGCAUAUCAUAACACAAACAAUUAGAAACUGUUCAAAACAAAGCGUGCCGAUACUACCUAUGUGCUUUCAAGAACACCCUCAAAUCUAGCUAUACGUGGAGACAUGGGAUGGUCUACGGUAGAGACUAAACACAAUGUUGAAGUUUUGAGAAUGUAUUUCAAACAUACUAAUUUAGAUGAAAAUAGACUUGUAAAAGUGAUACACGAAUCGAGUAAAUCAAAACAGCGCUCCUGGCAUUUUCGUGUACUGGAAUUCAUUCGAAGAUCUGAAAUUAGUUGUUUGAUGAACGCUCAAAAUAUGACAACCCGGCAAAAAGUUAGUAUUUCAAAGGACAAGUUAAACAGUAUAGAUGCUGAAAAUUUGUUAAAUGACUUAUCUAACGAUUGAAACUGUGAACAUGGAAAUAGAACGUUCAGACAGUACACAAUAUAUCUUCAACCAAGCAGUUCUGGGAAAUCUACAGAGUUUAAAGACAACCGUAGAACUCUAUCAAACAUUCGUUGUGGCUCUUUAACACUCGCUAUUGAUACAGGAUGUUACUCUAGACCAGUUACACCUUUAAGUGAAAGAAAUUGUCAAUUUUGUAAUAUGAAUACAAUUGCAACUGAGCAAAAUUUUUUGAUGAACUGUUAUUUUUAUUCGGACUUGAGAGAGGAACCUUUUAAUUCAUCUAUUCUAUCAAAUGAUGUUUUUAUUAGCUUGAGUGUGAAUUUAAUUUUAUCAUGAGCUGUGACGACAUUAAAUUUUUAUUAGCAAAAACCAUGCAUUUUAUGUUCAAGUGGAGAAAGAUAAAUUCAUAACAACUAAAGAGUUUAAAGACUUUGAUUUGUUUGAUUAUUUAAUUACUUUUUAAUCAUUUUUAAUUUUGAAAAUGAUCUUAAAAUUGUGUAUGCAUUUAAUGCCAUAAGGUUAAAGUGUCUCAUAUGUCUUUUUAAGGCAGGACUCUAAUAUAUUUUAUGCUGCUUUUAUCUGUUGUAUAAUAUAUUAUGUAUAAUAUUAGAUUUUGUGACACUGUAAUAAACUAUUUACUUACUUA